AUGAGCUCCUGUGAGAAAGAUGGUGGGGCAGGCAGUUCCAAGGCUGGCAGAUGGGGGUGGGGGACGGGGCAGGACACCAAUAUGCGAAACACCCACCAACAGCUGAGCAGGACUACUUCGGGGAGACCAGGGCAGGACAUGAGGCUCCAGGCUCCAGGGAGGACCAUCGGGCUGCUCAAGUUUCUGUCAGACAUCUCCCAGGCUGAGCAGGGGAGGACUGGGAGUGGCGAUGGUGUGACUCUGGCCCAGCAGCCGAGGUCUCGGAGCGCAGGGCAGAUGGCAAGGAAGGACCGGAGGCCCCAGGUCCGGAACAAGAAAAGGCAUGGCUCUGCUGAAGCUGAAGAUCUCAUCCCCUCUUCUCCUCGGAAACCCUCCUUCCCCUUCCAGUGGGCCUGGGAGAGCUUCACCACUGAUAGCCGGGCUCUGCAUCAGCCUAGCUCCUUCUCGGCCCCUGGCUACCAACCCAUGCCUUUGUCUCGAGCAGUCCUCAAGUAUAAGGCCAGGUGCAAGUCCACAGCCACCCUCCCAGAGGCCCAUGGCUUCUGCUGGAAGACAGAGGUGCCAAACCUGGAGAGGAGCCAGCAGCUCAGGGCCUGCGGCUUCAUCCCCAUCUCUCCUGGCAAAAGGGAGAGCCAAGAACUGGAGGCACUCAGUGAGUGUGACCUCCAGCCACCUGGGAAGAGGUCAGGAUCAGGAUACGAGUCCGAGGAAGGCACUGAGCUGGAAGCCCUGGGUGCUGAGGAGACAGAGAGGGGUAUGAGCCCUGGGGAACUGCCCCACCUCCUUGGGAGGGGGUCGAUCUUAGAAGAGGAGCCAUUUGCAGACGUGACAGAGGAGGCUGAGGAGGGGGAGCACAGGGCCCCCCAUAGAAGGAGGGCUGGUUCUCAGAGAAAGGGGCAGAAUUUUGGCGAGGAGGCUUCCAAUGAGGGUGACCUGCAGUGCAAGGGAAACAGCUCCAGCUCCAACCUCAGAGGAUCACAGAGGAGGAAGUCAAGGGCCAAGGAGCUGGAGGGGCCGUGGGACCUGGAGAAGCUGCAGAGGCACUUACAGCAAGACUUGGACGGUGGCCCUGAAAAGCAGCCCUGGAAGGCUUUGCAGGCUACUGUCCAGGCCUCCAAUCGGAGUGGGAAGACCUAUGCCUUGGGAGAUGAAGAGACUUUCCCGUUUGCCAACUUUCCUAACCGUACCUUCCACAAACGACAGGAGGCCACAAGAAGCCUGCUGCAGGCCUGGGAACGGCAGCAGCAGGAGGAGCGCCAGCAGGCCGAGCUGCGGAGGGCCAGGGAGCAGCGGGUCCAGCAGCAGGUGGCUCGCUGCCUGGCGGCCUAUGCACCCAGAGGGAGCCGGGGGCCGGGGGCCACCCAGCGCAAGCUGGAGGAGCUGAGGCGCCAGGAGCGACAGCGCUUUGCUCAGUAUCAGGCAGAGCUGCAGGGCAUCCAGCACAGGGUGCAGGCCCGGCCCUACCUGUUCCAGCAGGCCAUGCAGCCUUGGUGCAGAGCAGGAACGCUUCUCUCUCCUCAGGUCAAUGCCCGGCUCACAGUGACCCGGCGCUUCUCCCAGGUGCUGUCAGCACUGGGACUGGAUGAGGAACAGCUACUGGCUGAGGCAGGAAAGGGGGACACAGAGGGCACCUCCAGGAAACCCAGGAGCCACAGGUCAAUGGGCGUGAGAAUGGAGCACUCUUCUGAGAGCCCUGCAAAGACAGAACGCAUUGAAAGCCAGCCUGAUAGGCACUCCACUCCAAGCCCAAACCAGGAGUCCCGCCCCUGAGAAAACAAUUAAA